AUGUCGCCGCGUCUAUUCCGGGGGCUGGCACAGCUUCCUUUGGCCCUCUGGGCCCCUCAAUCGAUACCCACCAUCAACGCUUACCAUUAUAUGCCGGUUCGGACAUUUGGAAUCAAAUCCGUGACCACCCCCAAACCCAGCCGAUUCAAUGUUGGUCCCGACUUGCCGAUACUGAAGUCGACGCCUGCGGCGGCUCUCGAGCGCAAGGCUUACACCCUACCCCUCCGAAGCGGAGCAGUUGCCAUCAAGAAGGGAAUGACCGGCAUCUACGACGCACAAACUGGGACCCGCAUUCCGUGCACCGUCCUCCAACUCGACCGAGUAGAAGUGGUCUCGCAUAAGACACGGGAGAAGCAUGGUUACUACGCCGUCCAGGUCGGCGCUGGCUGGAAGCAUCCGAGCAACAUGACAAAAUCGCUCCUGGGCCACUUCUCCGCCCAGGGACUCUCGCCAAAGAGACAUGUCUACGAGUUCCGGGUCAAGGAUGAGGGCGGUCUUCCUCCUGUGGGCCAUAUGAUUAAUGCCGACUGGUUCCAGGAGGGUCAAUUUAUUGAUGCACGCUCGAAUACCAAGGGUAAAGGUUUCACGGGUGUGAUGAAGAGACACGGGUUCGGUGGUCAGGAUCGCAGUCACGGUGUCAGUUUAACGCAUCGUUCGCUCGGUUCUGCGGGUCCCGGUCAGGGUGGUGGUUCCAGAGUGUAUCCCGGCAAGAAGAUGGCAGGGAACAUGGGUAAUGAACAGAACACAGUGCAGAACUUGAAGAUUCUGAAGGUUGAUGCGGAGAACGGCAUUGUUGUUGUUACAGGUGCCGUCAGCGGUCCUAAGGGAUGCAUGGUCAGGAUACAAGAUGCAAUCAAGAAGCCUUGGCCUGAGGUGCCAGCAGCAGCAGCAGCAGAGUCUGCGUAG